GAGCUGCAGAGAAAAGUUCAAAACAUGGAGCUGAAGAUAAAGCAAACAAUAUUAUCAUGGCCAUAAAGGAGAGAAUGAAAAUUAGAGAAAGAGAAAAGCCAGAAGUAUUUGAACUUAUCCGGCUGACAUUUAGUGUUGAUCCUGAUACACACAUAGAUGCCUUGCACCAAGCUGAACAGUCCAUGAUGGAGGGAACUUCUAACUGGUCAGCCAAAAUUGCUAUUACGGUUAUUUGUGCCCAGGGCCUUAUAGCCAAAGAUAAAAGUGGGACAAGUGACCCUUAUGUGACCGUCCAGGUUGGGAAGACUAAAAAACGCACACACACCAUGCCUCAGGAUCUAAACCCUGUAUGGAAUGAAAAAUUUUACUUUGAAUGUCACAAUUCUUCUGAUCGUAUCAAAGUUCGUGUAUGGGAUGAGGACAAUGAUCUAAAGUCUAAAUUGCGACAAAAACUCACCAGAGAGAGCGAUGACUUUUUAGGACAAUCUAUCAUUGAAGUGAGAACGUUGAGUGGGGAAAUGGAUGUUUGGUACAACCUUGAAAAAAGAACAGACAAAUCAGCUGUGUCAGGUGCUAUUCGCCUUCACAUUAGUGUAGAAAUCAAGGGAGAGGAAAAGGUAGCCCCAUACCAUGUGCAAUACACGUGUCUACAUGAGAACCUAUUUCAUUAUUUGUGUGAAAAAUGUGGAGGAAACGUGAAGUUACCAGUUGCUAAAGGGGAUGAUGCUUGGAAAGUAUAUUUUGACAACACAUCUGAAGAAAUUGUAGAUGAAUUUUCAAUGAGAUAUGGAAUUGAAUCAAUAUACCAAGCCAUGACUCAUUUCCACUGUCUGUCAAUCAAGUACAUGUGCCAAGGAGUUCCUGCUGUGAUGAGCACAUUGCUUGCCAAUAUCAAUGCUUACUAUGCACACACAACGGCAUCUUCUGCUGUCUCAGCCAGUGACAGGUUCGCCGCUUCCAACUUUGGGAAAGAAAAAUUUAUUAAACUACUUGAUCAGCUUCACAAUUCCCUAAGGAUAGACCUUUCAAUGUAUCGUAAUAACUUUCCUGCCUCAUCCCCUGAGAAACUUCAAGAUCUUAAGUCUACUGUCGACCUUCUGACCAGCAUCACUUUCUUUAGGAUGAAAGUACAGGAACUGUCCAGUCCACCACGGGCUAGUACUGUGGUCAAAGACUGUGUGAAAGCUUGUCUUCGAUCUACCUACCAGUUUUUAUUUGAAAACUGUUAUGAUCUGUACAGUCGAGAAUUUCAAGUGGAUCCUCAAGAACAAAAAGGACAAGACAGCUCAAGCCGAGAAGGAUCUUCAGAUGACCAUGGUCCAAGUUUAAAUAAUCUUGACUUCUGGCACAAGCUGAUAGCACUUAUGGUAUCUGUGAUAGAAGAAGAUAGGAAUACUUAUGUACCAGUAUUAAACCAAUUUCCCCAGGAAUUAAAUGUUGGUCAGCUUAGUGCCUCUACCAUGUGGAGUCUUUUUGCUGUAGAUAUAAAGUAUGCUUUAGAUGAGCAUGAGCAGCACCGUUUGUGUAAAAGUUCAGCAUACAUGAACCUGCACUUUAAAGUAAAGUGGUUCUACAAUAAUUAUGUCAAGGAUAUACCUACUUACAAAGAAACUGUGCCUGAGUACCCAACGUAA